GGGGGCAGCGCGGAGGGAGUGGGUGAGGGCGGCGCGCUCCGCACUCGCCUGCCCGCGGCUCCAUGGACGCGCCCUGCGCCUCGGCGGCCAAGCCCCCCACCGGGAGGAAGAUGAAGGCUCGCGCCCCGCCUCCCCCGGGGAAGGCCGCCACCCCGACCGGGCCGAGGGCGCCGAGCCCCCACCGCGGCGCGUCCCCCGGGCGCCAGCAGAGCCUGCUGCACCUGAAGGAGAACCUGCGGGACCGGGCGGUGGACCUCACGGUGGUGCUGCCCAGCGGGCUGGAGCGGAGGAGCGUGGUCAGCGGGAGCCACGCGAUGAUGGACCUCCUGGUUGAGCUCUGCCUGCAGAACCACCUGAACCCGUCCCACCACACCCUGGAGCUCUGGUCUCCGGAAACCCAGCAGCCUCUGAGCUUCAAGCCAAACACGUUCAUCGGGAGCCUGAACGUGCACACCGUGUUCCUCAAAGAGAAGGUUCCCGACGAGAAGGCCAAGCCUGGCCCCCCCAAGGUGCCCGAGAAAUCCGUGCGCCUGGUGGUGAACUACCUGCGGACCCAGAAGGCCGUGGUGCGCGUGAGCCCCGAGGCGCCGCUGCACAGCCUCCUGCCCGUCAUCUGCGCCAAGUGCGACGUGAGCCCCGAGCACGUGGUGCUGCUCCGCGACAACGUGGCGGGCGAGGCGCUGGAGCUGUCCAAGUCGCUCGGCGAGCUGGGCAUCCGGGAGCUCUACGCCUGGGACAACCAGAGAGAAGCCUUUAGGACGUCCGCCCUGGGCAGCGAGGAGACGGACAAAGAGAAGAAAAAAUUCCUCGGGUUCUUCAAAGUGAAUAAAAGAAGCAACGGCAAGGUGGAGCCGGGCCGGCUGUCGGGGGCGGACAGCGACGAGGACUCCGCGAAGCUGGCGCCGGGCAGGGGCUCCCACCAGGGCUCCCUGACGACGCCCAACUCCCCGUCCGUGGAUUCCCGCUCCAUCACGCUGGGGCCAUCCCUGUCGCUGAGCAACAUCUCGGGGGUUUCCGUCAAGUCGGACAUGAAGAAGCGCCGAGCCCCGCCCCCUCCGUCCCUGCCCGGGGCCGGGCCGCCCGCGCAGGACAAGGCGUCGGAAAAGAUGUCGCUGGGCUCCCAGAUGGACCUGCAGAGAAAGAAGAGGCGGGCGCCAGCGCCCCCGCCGCCCAGCCCCCUGGUGCCGCCGCGCACGGAGGACCGCGAGGAGAACAGGAAGAGCACGAUGGGUGGUGGACGGCAGGUGCCACAAAAGCCUCCCAGAGGCACGGCUCGGGGGCCUCCCCAGUUAGUGCUGCCCCCGCCCCCGCCCUACCCGCCUCCCGACACGGACGUGGCCGAGCCCCUCGGCUCCCCCGGGGAAGGCGCUGCUCCCGAGGCCGCGGACCUGAGACCCACACUUUACUGCUGCGCGUCAUUCCCUAGUCACGCCAGGCGCUUCUGAGGACGCCGCCGGAGCUGCCCGCACCUGCGCCCGCUGUCCGGCCGACGCGGUGCCCCGGAGCGGGGCCCUGGGCCGGGGCUCACUCCCUGUGGGACUCACUCCCUGUGGGACUCACUCACUCCCUGCGGGACUCACUCCCUGCGGGACUCACACCGACGCCAUCGCAGCUGGGCUUUGCCUGCGGCUGCCGGGCUCCCGGAGGCGCGAGGCCUUUAGCGUGAAUCCUCGGCGGUGGGCUCGGCCUGCCGACUGUCCCCGUCGCCGAGCUGCACCUGUCCCUGCGAGAGCCUGGUUUUACUCAGUUCUUACUCGUUCGUCUCUCUCUCGUUCGCUCUUCGGUUGCAGAGUCGUGUCCCCCCCCCCCUCCCCCCCCCGGUUUUCCCUGAAACCAGAUUGUGCCCACCAAGCGGCCGGUGAGGCCCGUCGGGUAGAAACGCUCUGCCCACCUGGUAACGCUGAGCGCCUCCCCCGGCUAUAAAUGCUGUGGGAACCCCAACUCCUGGCCUGUGCCUGUGUGUCCCGGACACGCCGGACCGUGUCUGAGGGUGUGUGCCGGGUUUCCCAUGAGCCUCUGCCACCGUGCAGGCCGUUUCCCCGGAGAAAAGGGAGGAAGGAGGGGUCCCCUCCUCCGUUCGCUGCGCAUCCAGCCGCUGUCCCCCAGCACGGGGGGCUGGCGGGCGGCCGGCCGGGGCCAGCGUCGGGCGUCAGCGUGGACAGCGCGUGGCCUGCCUGGGUUUCUCUGGGGCUCCCCCUGGAAAGGAAGGAACCACGGCCCCAUCUGACACGUGCCAGUCUGGAGGCGUGUGCCAGGGGGAUGAGGUCCCGGGGGUGACAGCCACGGCCCGGAGCGGCGUGCUGCCCUGCCCUCUCGGCCCGAGAAAACGCGUCCAUCCGCGGAGAGGGCGGCCCCGAGGCCCCGAGGCAGCCGGGCAGCGGGGAGCCCCCCUGUUGCGACUCAGGCUGAGGAUGGACGCCGCGCUGGCUCAGACUCACCUCUGUUUCCGUGCAAAGGUCCCUGGGUCGGAGGAGCCUGCGUGUUUCUCUCGUACACACUGAGUGGCCAGAUGAUGAUGAUCUCUGAACGCAUAACCUGGCCACUCGGUGUAGAUACUAUAGAAUAAAAGGCUAAUAUGCAAAUUGUCCCCUCGACCAGGAGU